GCUUCGGUUCGGAGCGGGUAUAAAAACAUCGUGGCUUCGCUUUAUUUUGUGUGCUGGCUAUAUAUACAUAUAUAUAUAUAUAUAUAUAUGCGCAUGUGUGUAUAGAUUCUCUUCUCUACUGGUUCUUCUGAUCUUUGAUUCAGAGGCAAAUUCUUAAGGUGAAGGCUUUCGUAUAUUUUCUGGAGAAUUGAGGCUCUAACCUUUUUCUGCUCUGCCUUUUCACUCUUCUUGGUAAGGUUAAACUUUGAACCUCAUCCAUCCUUUUUAGUAUUCUCUAGUUCAUCAAAGACCAGGGAAUGCUGAAAGAUGUGCUUGAGAGCUAGGGAGUCUUUCUCUGCUGUUGAUGAGAUUAUAGCUCCAUUUGAGCUACACUUGUUUGUCCUCGAUGAGAUUGGACAUAUAGCUCAUAGUCCUUUCCUAUUACGGCCUCAAAUGCCCACUGUGGCUAAAUAUAUUAGGGGACGAAUCGUGUCAUAUCAUGACCUUUGCGAAGAUGGUUGAGCUCUUAUAGUGUUGGAAUAUAUUCCUCACCGUAAUAGCUAUAUUAUAUAUUUCUGGUUAGCUGAGGAAGUAGCAUAUUAUUGUGUACUAGAUUUUCGUAAAUUAGAAUGGAAAACAAAGGGAGUGUGUUGAUGCAACGGUAUGAAUUAGGGAGAUUGUUAGGACAAGGAACCUUUGCCAAGGUUCAUUACGCAAGGAACCUUAAAACUGGUACCGGUGUGGCUAUUAAGAUAAUCGACAAAGAGAAGGUUUUGAAGGUUGGGAUGAUUGAUCAAAUCAAGCGAGAGAUUUCUGUGAUGAGGCUGGUUAGACAUCCAAAUAUAGUGCAGCUUUACGAGGUUAUGGCUAGCAAAACCAAGAUUUACUUCGUAAUGGAAUACAUCAGAGGUGGUGAGCUCUUUAACAAGCUGACUAAAGGGAAGCUUAAGGAGGAUGUUGCCCGGAAAUAUUUUCAACAGCUGGUCAGUGCUGUUGACUUCUGCCACAGUAGAGGUGUUUAUCACCGGGAUUUGAAGCCGGAGAACCUACUACUGGAUGAGAAUGGGAAUCUAAAGAUUUCAGACUUCGGAUUGAGUGCCCUUGCUGAAUCAAAACGCCAAGACGGGUUGCUCCACACAACUUGUGGGACCCCUGCUUAUGUUGCUCCAGAAGUGAUCAAUAGAAAAGGCUAUGAUGGAUCUAAAGCUGAUAUCUGGUCUUGUGGGGUGGUCUUGUAUGUUCUGUUGGCUGGCUAUCUCCCGUUCCAUGAUUCAAAUCUGAUGGAGAUGUAUAAGAAGAUUGGUAAGGCGGAGUACAAAUUCCCUAAUUGGUUCCCGCCAGAAGUACGCAGGCUGCUGUCAAAGAUAUUGGAUCCAAACCCAAGUACACGGGUGUCCAUUGCGAAAAUCAUGGAAAAUUCUUGGUUCCAGAAGGGAUUAGACACCAAAUCCACAAGAAUGGAAAUGGAAGAGAAAGAACCGGCUAUAAUUGAUGUUGAUGCAGUGUUUGGUCCUACUGGCGAUAGCAGCACCACAGCAGAGACAAAGCAAGAAUUGGCAAAGCCUAGCAACUUGAAUGCUUUUGAUAUCAUCUCAUUGUCAGAAGGGUUUGACUUGUCUGGUUUGUUUGAAAACAGUGAUCAGAGAAAAGAAGUGCGAUUCACGUCCAGGCAGCCAGCCAAGACCAUCAUUUCUAAGUUGGAGGACAUGGCCAAGCAUCUACGGCUGAAAGUGAAGAAGAAAGACGGUGGAUUGUUGAAAUUGGAAGGAUCAAAGGAAGGCAGGAAAGGUGUUUUGUCUAUCGAUGCAGAGAUCUUUGAGGUCACUCCAAAUUUUCAUUUGGUUGAGGUGAAGAAAUCCAGUGGAGACACAUUGGAGUAUCAGAAGAUAAUGAAGCAGGACAUAAGGCCAGCUCUGAAAGACAUUGUUUGGACCUGGCAAGGUGAUCAGCCGCAACCCCUGCAGGAGCAAGAGGACCAACCGGAGUUACAGCAUUCACAAGUGGUCCCAAUGAUUGCCUCAUCUUAGGAUAAAAAAUGAAUGGAAGUUUCUUCAGGCUAAUUGUAUUUUUCGUAGUUUAUUGUGUGUUCUUAGGAAGUGUCGUGUUUCGUCUCAUGUUGUGUUUUUAAGUUGCUGUAUCUAUAUUGGCGCUUAGAGAUAUGCAGUUACUCCAUGUUCCUAAUUAUUUUUAAUAUUGGCCACUUAUCUUCAAGCACCCAGAACAAACACAGUAAGUUUAUGUAUUGUUUGCAAUCUAUACUCCUUUUUUCUACGUCA